GAACUGGCUUCCAGAGUGGGGUGGGGUCUGCGGGCUGAGAGUGAGAUAGGAAAGAGCAAAGAGGGAGGAAAAGAGAAGAGAGAGUUGAGAGAAAGAAGAAAAAGAAGAGAGGAGAGAGAAGAGAGGAAAGAGAGAGAGAGGAAAGAGAGAGGAGAGGAAAGAGAAGAGAGAGAGAGAGAGAUCUCCCGGCCCACUCCGUGUCCUUUCACUGCUGUCUUUAUGUCCUCUGGCUGCAGCGCCCAGCGGUCAGCGCUGGAGAUGCGGGGGCGUGUCCCGUGACGUCAGGAACUGGGAGGAACCUGCCCCGGAAGCGGGCGCUGAGGACCUGGGAGCACGGUCAUGGAGGCACCCGGGGUGCUGCUGGUGAUGGGUGUGAGCGGCUCCGGAAAAUCCACUGUGGGUGCGCUGCUGGCCUCCAAGCUGGGAUGGAAAUUCUAUGAUGCCGAUGAUUACCACUCCGAGGAGAAUCGGAUAAAGAUGGCGAAAGGGGUACCACUGAGCGACCAGAGAUGUGGCUUUGGGACAGCCUGUUGUUCUAGCCUGUUCAGCUCUGAAGAAAACGUACAGAGACAUCUUGAUCCGAGGAGGAAGUGAUGCGCCCCUGAAAAGUGAUGACUCAGCAAAGGAACCGCUGGCUGGUGGGAAGCUCCUGGUGGUCUACCUCUGCGGCUCGUUUGACAUCAUUUAUGGACGCUUGCUCCAAAGAAAAGGACAUUUUAUGCCGCCCGAGUUACUGCAGUCCCAGUUUAGUAUUCUGGAGCCCCCAUCAGCUCCCGAAAACUUCAUCCAAGUCAGCGUGGACAAAAGUCUCCCGGAGAUCACCGCUGCCGUUAUGGAAGCCCUCAAGUGAAGAACUCGUUCAUAGCAGAGUACACUCUGCUCCCAAGCUCCUCGCCCGUGGUGUCUUCUGAAUUCUUUAUUUUUAGAGGCAGUGUUUCUCUGUUGACCAGGGUGGUCUGGAAUGCAGAGAUCUGCCUGCCUCUGCCACCCCGAGGGCAGGGAUUAAAGGCGUACACCACCACCAUCGGGCUGUACUGUAAAUUCUUAAUUGGGGAAAAACCGCAGUGCUUGGAGGCAGAAGCCGUUGUUUGACUGUGUUAGGAGUUUGUGGCAUGGUUGGCAGUGUGCAGCUGUGAGAGGACAGGGGGAGGGUGUUAAAAGUUAAAAAUGCACUUGAGAGAUGGCUCAGUGGUUAAGAACACUGACUGCUCUUCCAGAGGUCCUGAGUUCAAAUCCCAGCAGCCACGUGGUGUCUCACAACCAUCUGUAAAGGGAUCGGAUGAUCUCUUUUGGUGUGUCUGAGAGCUACAGUUUACUCGUGAUGUGAUAAAUCUUUUUUUUUUUUUUUUAAAGUUAAAGACUGAAGUUUAAAUUGACAUACAAUGAAACCUGAUGGCCAGAGGAAAUCCUGUAAUCAGUGCUAGAAAUUACUACCUUGCGAAAGAACAAUAGCUUGUGCCUGUAUCUGUACAAAAGAAUGAAAUUUGCUAUCUCGGAAACUGGUUUCAGCAAUAGAAACCCCAACAGAACCAAGCCGCCCACUGCAUGCCACACGCCCAGUACAGUGGCAACUACUUUUAAAUAUUUCACGUUAGCAUAGAAAAUCAUAGGCUCCAUCUUCUGUCAUUUGCUAUCUAUAAUCUCAUUUAUUGUCAUUGUUAUUAGUGGGUUGUUGUUACAGGUGGCCUCCAACUCAGACAGUUGCCUCUUUCUGCCUCUCCAGGGCUGGAUUGAAGGCUUGCCCCACCAUAAACGACUUCGUUUUCAUACAUCUGUCUUUAUACUUUAUUCUAAUUCAUUGCCCUGUCUCACUGCCCUUCCCCCACUCUGUGUCUCCUGCUUCUUUCUGGCAGGUUCCCGUCCUUUCCCUAGAUGGCCAUCUUCCUGCACUCAUGGCUAUCACCCUUUCUUUAGACCUUUUCUCACACACACACACCACCUAAUAUGUAUAUAUAAGUUUAGGACCUGCUUGGGGGAGAAUGGGGUCUUUUCGCAACUACCCAAAAUUUCAUUGUGUGUCCACACGUUUUUGUUUUUUUUGUUUUUUUGUUUUUUUUCGAGACAGGGUUUCUCUGUAGCCCUGGCUGUCCUGGAACUCACUUUGUAGACCAGGCUGGCCUCAAACUCAGAAAUCCGCCUGCCUCUGCCUCCCGAGUGCUGGGAUUUAAGGCAUGCGCCACCACGCCCGGCUGUGUCCACACGUUUGAGGGACAUCUCAUCCUGCCUCCAUUUCCUGAUAGGGUUACAGGCGGCUGCCUUUUUGGUUGAGCAGUGUGACGGAUCAUCUUGUCAACCUGGUGGGACUUAGUUAGAAUCACCGUGGGGAAAGACUUUGAGGGGUUUUCUCCUUUUUAAAAUCACCUUUGUGUUGGUUUUUUGAGAUACUAGCUCAAAUCUCCCCAAUCUCCGAGAAUUCGUUAUAUAGACCAGGCUGGCCUCAAACUCACAGAGUAGUAAGACUAAAGGUGUGUGUUACCACACCCGGCGAGGGAUUUUUUUUUUUUCUAAUGAGUUUUUUUUUUUAAGAUUAUUUAUUUUAUGUAUGUGAGUACACUGUUGCUGUCUUCAGACACACCAGAAGAGGACAUCAGAUCCCAUUACAGAUGUUUGUGAGCCACCAUGUGGUUGCUGGGAGUUGAACGCAGGACCUCUGGAAGAGCAGUCAGUGCUCUUAACCACUGAGCCAUCUCUCCAGCCCUUUCUAAUGAGUUGGACGUGGGAAGACACACCCCAGCGUGGGCAGCACCACCCCACGACCCAGGUCCUACACUGAAUGAAAAGGGUUCAUGAACUGAUCCCAGGCUUCAGAGCUCCGUGCUUCUGUCUGUGGAUGCAGUGUGACCAGUCACCGCCGGCUCCAGCCACUCUGAGUCCCUGCCAUGAUGGACUGUAUCCUGUCAAAUUGUAAAGCCAUAGUCAACCCGCUCACUCUUCCUCAGGCUGCUUCUUGCCAAGUGCAAACAUGAAGCCUUUGCCCUCCUUUGCUCAGUUAUUUGGGACAUGUCCUGCCUGGCUUCGGACUUGACACAGUCAAGGGAGAGACAGGCCACCCUCUAUUCUCAGAUGAGGAUAAAAGACUUCCCUACAUGGGCGAGGUGUGGUGAUGCUUACCUUUAAUCCCAGCAUUCCAGAGACAGCUGUAUCUCUGAGUUUGAGGCCAGCCUGGCCUCUAGAGCUAUACAGUGAGACUUGUCUCAAGAUAACAGCAAAUAAAUAAAAAUAGGAGAGGCAGAGGCUUAGGACAACCAGGGCUAUACAGAGAAACCCUGUCUCGAAAAACCAAAAAAAAAAAAAAAAAAGAGAGAGAGAGAGAGAGAGAGAGAGAGAGAGAGAGAGGCAGAGGCAGGAGGAUUUCUGAGUUCAAGGCCAGCCAGAGUGAGUUCCAGGACAGCCAGGACUACAUAGAGAAACCCCGUCUUGAAAAAAAACCAAAAUAAAAUAAAAUAAAAUAAUAAAAAUAAGAGUUCCCCACAGUGGGUGGUAGAGGAAGGAGAGCCAGCGAAGCAAGUGUGUGCUGAGUUACAGCUAUGACCUAUGCUCCGGAGGGCUGACAACACAAAAUGGAUCUGUGGUUCUUAGGUGGCCCUACUCAGAGUAAGAGGGAGAGACAGGCUACCUUCUACUCUCAGGCUAGAGUCCUCCAAGAACCUUGACACCUGGGUCCAGAUCUGCUGAAAGAGAAGAAUCCCGGGUGGACUGUUCCCUUGCUCAACUCUCUUCUCGCGAUGGAAAGGAAAGCAGGGCUUGCAUUAGACUUGCACCAACCCAGCAGACAUAGCUCAGUGUAGAGAACACUUGCUUAGCAUGUGUAAGGCCACCAAGUGUGACCCCAGCACUGCAAACACCACCAGAUGCCUUCGCAGUCAGUGUACUGAACCAUCUUGACCAGGGUGUUCAGGGAGCCGACCUGAGAGCCUUGUACAUGUGCAGAGCAGCCUGGUCCAGAACCCUAUGUAGCUUGUGUACACUAUCACUGGAAGGAAGCAUCAGAGAGACUCACUAUGGUAAAGUCCAGAGCUGGUGAGGUUCUGACGGGGCACCAGGCGGGAUCUGCAGAGUGGCUGUUAUCUGGACAAGAUCAGAGGAGAAUGGAGCAUAGAAAGGGAUGGGAUGGGGCUGGUGAGAUGACUCAUCGGGUAAGAGCACUUACUGCUCUUCCAAAGGCCCUGAGUUCAAAUCCCAGCAACCACAUAGUGGCUCACAACCACCCGUAAUGAGAUCUGACACCUCCUUCUGGUGUGUCUGAAGACAGCUACAGUGUACUUAUAUAUAAUAAAUAAAUCUUUGGGCCAGAGGGAGCAGGGUUGAUUGGAGUGAGCAGAAGUCCUAAAUUCAAUACCCAACAACCACAUGAAGGCUCACAACUAUCUGUACAGCUACAGGGUACUUUUAUUUAUUUUACACACACACACACAUAUAUCUUAAAAAAAUAAGGAAGAUGAACACAGCCGAGGAAUGUGCUGUAUUCCUUGUUUCUUGGCCAUCCCGAUAAACCCUCAGACACAGUGACUACAGGACCUUGUUUAUUGUUUUAUUUGUUCCUUGACUACAUUGUCUUUGACCUAGAAUGGUAUAAAAAGCAGACUGGAAAAAAAAAUAAACUUCCUUCAGCUUCAGCA